GCCAGUGCAGUCGCCUCAGCGCUCGUCAUUCGUACGGUUCGGUUUUAAUUUUUGGCUUUAGACUUCAUUUUCAGUUUAGAUUUUCAUUUUCGGCUCUUGGACGACCUGACUUUAGUUUAGUGCUCACAUUUUUUUGUGUUUGUUUGGUGUAUCCAUCCAAGUGUAAUUCGUGCGAACUGGUGAAUGUUGUCUGUGCUGGUUCGCUCGAAGGAGUGAUCAUCGCCAUCCACAUCCAGCCGGAUCAAGGCGGUCAAGCAGCCCCAUCAUCAUCAUCAUUUUUGGUUAUUAUAAUCAUCAUCAUCAGCGUAGGCGACCAUAAACGGGACACACUGUAAUCAUGGUGUUGUGCCAACUGCUCCUUCUGUCCGUCGGCCUAGUAGCUGGUGUCCAAGGUGUCCUAUCACCACCUCCUCCUGGCUCCGAUGACGACACUUCGCCACUACCCCUGCGAUUGGAGGACUUGGAACAGGAGCAGGAGCAGGAACAGCACCAGCAUCUGGACCUCAAUCGACCGCCCCUCCUGCCCAAUCACUAUGAAUGGCGACCGGAUGUGGCGGCAAGUUUGCCACCCAGUUACAUCCAGGAUGCCGCCCAACGGGAGCGCAAUCUCGAGCAGCUGCAGCGUUUGGAGGAGCUGCGGCAGUUGCAACGGCAGCACCAGCAACUCAGUUCGGGCUACGCCUUUCCCGCCCACCUGCCUGGUGUACUCUAUGUUGGACCCACGACUGCCACGCCCACUCCCACGCCCUCGCCGACACCUACUCGAUUCGCGAAACCCAUAGUUCCAUACGAUUUGGAUUUGAGCUUAAACGGUAUACAAUAUGUGACGAGUAAUGCUCUGCCACUCCCAGUGCCACGCCCACUACCACCGCCCCAUGGCAGGCCACCUUUUGUAUAUGGAUUCACGAAUACUGUGCAGGGACCGAGUAGACCCACCAACAAAUUGCUAGUGCCCCAACCUUUGAUGGUUCAACAGUCCAAGCAAUUCGCCUACGCCCCUGCCACGCCCCCUCAACGACAUUAUGCCAAUGGACCACGGAUUCCAUUCCCAUAUCCCCCGAGUUUUGUGAGCCUUACGACUCGAAGACCCGGCGGAUUGGAGAGGAUCAGACCAUUCCGGCCAUCGCAACCGGAUCCCACACCGGAUUUGUUCGCCGGUCGGUCCUCAAAAUCGCUGCUGGACUCGUACAUUCCCAGCUGGGAGGUACUCCGCCUGAUCAGGGAGCACAGUCCUCAGCAACAGGGAGGUUUUACGCCCAUCCAACACCGCCAAACACUCGCCUUUCCAGCUCCGGCUCAUUUGAGACUCUAUAAGCGAGACUCGCAAGAGGAGCGAUCGAGAAUCGUGAAGAAAUCGCUGGGUCAGCCCUACAAAGUCAAGGCGAAUUAGUGGUCUAGUUUAAUGAUUUUACUUUUUUGUUUUCUUAAUCUAUAUGUACCUACAAAUACGAAUAUUUAUU